AGUUUAAGUUUUGUUGUCUCGUAAAGUCUUUCAAACUUCUCGUUAACUUUAGACGUAACAGAAAUCAGUCAAUUUGGUAUCGUAGAGACUUCUUCUACACGGCGCGGCGCUACUACUAGUGAAGAAGUUGUUCUCUUUUUCCUCUUAUUUUGUUUAAUAAAAACAAAAAUAAAAGCUAAACUCUUUCCUAACAAAUUCGUGAUAACAAAAAUAAUAUUAUAGCAUCUGUUAGGGUGCUCCUCGAAAUAAGUUUGACUUUACCAUCAGCAGACAUCGUCAAUUCAUUUUUGAUUUUGGCGCUAAGCAAUUUCAGUGGAAAAUUAAAAUUACACUCUCAUUUAAUUGUUUUUCCUUUAAUAAAUUCCGGAUCCGAACUUGUUCUGGCCGUAUUGAAAAAAGGUGUGAAUUUUGUUAUCAAUCAUCAGUUGAAUUUGGUCGACAACAAACAUACAAGACGUUAUAAAAUUUUUCUUUUCACUUCACUCAGCAUUAUUGACGAAAAACAUGGACAUGGACAACACAUCUGACAAUUUAAGAUGUGUAGAUUGUGGCUCAUCUGGAGCGAAUCGCAGUAGUAAUUGCCUUGGAAGAGUUACUGAAGAACCACAACAGCCAACAAGCCUUAGAGUAUUAAGAAAGAACAAUCCAGCCGGACACCCUAAAGAUGUGACUGGCUUGACACACGAAUGUGGAGUAUUUGGAGCGAUAGCUUGCGGAGAUUGGCCAACGCAGAUCGAUGUCGCUCAACUCAUUUGCCUGGGCUUGGUAGCUCUUCAGCACCGUGGUCAGGAAUCAGCCGGUAUUGUAACGAGCAUGGGAAAAUGUUCGAAAAAUUUCAAUGUUCACAAAGGAAUGGGUAUGAUUAAUAAUUUAUUCAAUGAUGACAACAUAAAAAAGCUCAAGGGAAACCUUGGAAUUGGACACACAAGAUAUUCUACCUCAGCUGCAUCUGAGGUAGUAAAUUGUCAACCUUUUGUGGUUCACACAGCACAUGGUGCCAUAGCCAUUGCCCACAAUGGAGAGCUAGUUAAUUGCGAGCAAUUGAGGCGUGAGGUUCUUGGAAGAGGAGUGGGAUUAUCAACUCACAGUGACAGUGAACUUAUUGCUCAAUCAUUAUGCUGCAGUCCAGAUGUCUCAGAAAGAGACGGUCCUGACUGGCCAGCACGUAUUCGUCAUUUUAUGACUCUUGCUCCUCUUUCAUAUUCCCUAGUUGUAAUGCUUAAGGAUAAGAUAUAUGCUGUUCGCGAUUCUUAUGGAAAUCGCCCCCUUUGUAUAGGAAAAAUUGUCCCAAUCAACCUUGGAGGAUUAACAAUAGAAGAUGCACCAGCUGAAGGUUGGGUAGUAUCAAGUGAGAGUUGUGGCUUUUUAUCAAUUGGAGCGCGAUAUGUUCGAGAAGUUGAAGCUGGAGAAAUUGUUGAAAUGACAAGGAAUGGUAUUCGUACCAUCGAUAUCGUAGGACGCCCCGAUUCCCAGAUAAAUGCAUUCUGCAUUUUUGAAUAUGUUUACUUUGCACGAAGUGAUUCGAUUUUCGAGGGACAGAUGGUCUAUUCGGUACGACUGCAGUGCGGUCGUCAAUUAGCCAGAGAAGCUCCAAUUAAAGCCGAUAUUGUUAGUUCUGUACCAGAAUCUGGAACAGCAGCAGCUCACGGUUAUGCCAGAGAGUCUGGACUUCAUUUUGCUGAAGUCUUGUGCAAAAACAGAUAUGUCGGUAGGACAUUCAUUCAACCAUCGACACGACUACGUCAAUUGGGUGUGGCAAAGAAAUUCGGUGCGCUCUCAGAAAAUGUUGAAGGCAAACGAUUAGUACUUAUUGAUGAUUCUAUCGUUCGAGGUAAUACAAUUGGACCCAUAAUUAAACUUCUUCGAGAUGCUGGUGCAGCUGAGGUUCACAUAAGAAUUGCCAGUCCUCCCCUUCAAUAUCCUUGUUAUAUGGGUAUAAAUAUUCCAACCAGAGAGGAACUUAUAGCAAACAAACUUGACGCAGAACAAUUAGCUAGACAUGUUGGUGCUGACAGUUUAGCCUAUUUGAGUGUGGAAGGCUUAAAGAAGGCCGUUCAAAUGAACAAAACAAGCUCGAAUACUAAAAAAGCUGGUUAUUGUACAGCUUGUCUAACAGGUGAAUAUCCUGGUGGAAUUCCAGAGGAACUCAGCUGGUAGAAACAUUAUUUUUUUUUCAAAACAAAUUGAAAUCUCUUCAAAUAAUAUACAUAGCAUUUAAACUUUAUUUACAUUAUAAUGAAUAUAAGUAGAAUUUAUAUUUAUAAACAAAACAAAAAUCAAACAAUAAUAACAUCAACAAAAAGAUGAACACAGAACAAAACGUUUUUGCAUUUCAAUUCAAAAUGUAUUUAUUUACUGUGUAAUUUGCUAUAAUAAUUUUGGCUUCUUUAUUAAAAUAAAUAAUAAGUUUUAAAAUUAAGGAAAAUAUAAAAAACAA